UUUGCAGAGGGACGACGUAGACACGUGCGGUAGAAUGAUAGCUUCACACCUAAAUAUACUUCAGGUGUCUGAGCGUGUGUGUGUAUUUGACUACAGAAUAGGCGUAUAUCCGGGAGGUGACGGAUGAGACCAAUCAGGACUACGCCUUCUCGUUCAUUGGGGUUGCGUGGGGAGUUGGCCAAUGCCUCGGUCCAUAUCUCGGUGGAAGCUUGGCGCAGAUAGCGCUGAAGUACCCCAAUAUGUUCUCAGCGGAUGGUCUGUUCGGAGAGUUUGCCUACCUGUUGCCUUGUUUGGUGGCGGCGUGUUUCUCGGCCUGUCUGUGGGUGUACAGCUACUUCUACCUGGAAGAGACGGUGACCGAUCUACCUGACCAUCCCGUGCGUACAUAUCUGCGCUCCAUUUUCUGUGGCAGAAGCACUCGAGAGACAUCUACGGGCACUGAGAGUCAGCCGCUCAUCGGAAACCACCCCACAGACACGGACAGGCACUUCACUGCUGAAGAUCUACUGGAAAAGCGAGACAGGCGCGAUUCCCUAAGCUUGAUGGCGGCCGAGGGUAUACACGACUACGAAAUCGAACACACGCACGUGGACACCAUCCUCCAGACAGAGGCAGACACCCACACCAACAGCAGCACGGCUCAACGGCCCUCAAUUGCAGAACCUUCCAUGACUCUCACCCAGGCUAUAUUCCGGCCGCAGAUUCUUUUGAUUCUAUUUAUAGCCUUCCUCUUUGGGUUCGUCCAGACCGCAUCCAACGAGCUCUUCCCGCUGUGGUCUAUGAUGCCCAUGUCCAUCGGCGGCCUAGCGUUCACCACGGACCAGAUCUCCCUGUGUGUCACCACCAUGGGUAUCGGACUAUUGAUCUAUACCAGUAUCUUCUUUCCGACCAUAUGCCGCCAUUUGGGCGUCAUUCAGAUGUACCAGCUCGGCGUGCUGCUGUCGGCCGUGGUGAUGGCCGUCGUCCCGUUCUUCCAUGGCAUACGCACGCACGUGGUUAGUGACGCGUGGUUCUGGACGCUCUUGCUGAGUGUGUUUGUGGGUCGCGCCGUGGCCAUGCCUUCGUGCUUUGCCUCGCUCACUAUCAUGUUGCAGAACUCCACCACACAACACGUGGGUGCCCUGAGUGGGGUGUUUAGUUCAGUGAUCGCCCUGUCUCAGUCAUUGGCACCGAUACUCGGAGGUAGUGUAUUCGCCUACAUGUCCUCGGGAGGGUUUGCAUUUCCGUUUGACUACCAUUUCAUGUUCCUGAUGUGUGGGGUGCUGUGCAUAGUGGGCUUUGUGACCUCAUUCAAACUCUCGCAGUCAGUGACGAGUCGAGCCAUAGUCACAACUAGGUAGGACUUAUCUGUACUUUAUAUAAGCGCCAUACUAUAUAUAUAUAUAAUAUACGUUGUCCAUAGACUUAAAUUUAGGAGUUUGAUCGAGCAUUAGCACCGUAUUGAAUUUCUUCCCGGCCACAUCUACUAAACCCUAGUAGUUGUAUAUAUAUACCAGCGUUCAGCGUUUCCAAUUGGUACGAACUUAGAAUGUCGGCCUUACCCAGUGGGUGAUGGUAUGAGAACAAAUGCAGGAAGCGAUCAAAGUAAAAUUAGUCAUCAACGCCACAACUGUUCCGUGAAAGCAUUCCUGCGCACAUUUCACAAGGAUGGCUGUGCCAGAGUAUCGAGCCUGUCUCAAUACACCAUCACAAGCAAGCAUGUGAAUCUGGAAAGAUAUCCAAUGCACCACUACAUGGUGACACAGUAUGGAAAAGUUAAAUGCGGUGUCCAAUUAUUAGUAUAGUAUUCGUAAAUAAAAUCUACAGUGGUC